AUGAAUAUUUUACGGUUCUUCCUGACUUUUACUCGCCUGCUUGGAGUAACGUAUGGAACGGUGAAGGUAAACUUUAUUGCUCUCAAUAUGACGAAACUGACUCUGUUCUGCUCUGCGGAUAUAGAAAACGCAACAAGUGAAAAAGAGUGUGCAGCGGCUUGUCUUAACGAAGACAAUGACUGUUCAGCGUUCCAGUUCAAUGAGACUUACUGUACCUGUUGGAAAUAUGGGGGCAUUGGAAAACGAGUUAGUGAAGCGACCAAGGUUUGCAAAGAAAUGAACGCCAGUCUUCCAAUUAUAGAUACAGACAGAAAGGCAAAGACCGUCGUAAAGUUUUUGAAAGGUGUGUCAAGUGCUCAUCCACUCUUCCGCGUAGCUGAGCCUCUCUCAGUCAGUAAAUGCCGGGACUUUUUGACUCACCCCGCGGCAAAUGUAAUCGUUCUAAACUUCAUGAAAAGUUGUCUGCAGGCUGUUCCUGAUGGUACUUUCGUUGUUCUGGUCUGUGAAAAACGUUGUGACAAGAUGAAUUUUUAA